ACGUGAGGCAGUGUGCCGCUCGCUCUUGGCCGGUCUACACGUGUCGCGCUCUGCCAACAUGAAGUCGCACCGACUUCAAGCGCUCGUUCGGGCCCUCUAAAUACAGGCAGGAUAGGCGAAUUUUCGUGCACAGAAUAUUUAAUCACAAAAACAAUACUUGUGACGUAUUAACAAUAGAUUACGACAGCGGAUACAGUUCUUUUUUUAAUAAUGGAUAGGUACAUGUGAAGUGUAAAAUAAUGUUGAUUUUCCUAGUGCAGUUUAUGGUAUGAACUUGAUGGUUUCUAAAUUGUGUGAAUCGUCAACAAAAAGUUCACCAUGAGAAUGGAUGUUUGAAUCAGGAAGUUUGGGUCCGUAAAUAAAGGCAAAAUGUUGGCCGUUAAAAACUUUUUCAUGCCUGAGAAAAGGGUGGACUCUCCCAGAUUCUCCCGCAUGCCUGAAGCUCUUAUGAGAUCAAUUCGACGUCGCUCUUUGAGGGUUAAGAGGACGAAAUCUUUGGUUCUUGUUAACGAGAAGAGGAAAUCUGAUUCAUUCGUGAAUAGUCAAGAAUGGACUUCAGCACGCGGAGUAACAGAACUGCGUGUUGGGGUGUUAGGCUCCCCAGAUAGUGGGAAAUCGGCACUAGUACAUCGAUAUUUAACUGGGGCAUAUAUGCAAGAAGAAAGUCCGGAAGGUGGCAGAUUUAAGAAAGAAGUAAUUAUCGAUGGGCACAGUUAUCUCUUGCUCAUCAGGGACGAAGGUGGUCCUCCAGAAAUGCAGUUCACAGCCUGGGUGGAUGCCGUGAUAUUUGUGUUUAGCUUAGAAAACGAAGUCAGCUACAACACAGUUUCAAAUUAUUUCAACAAGAUGUCUCACUAUCGAAACUCGGCAGAAAUUCCCAUCAUAUUAGUUGGAACUCAAGAUGCCAUAAGUGAAAGUAGUCCGCGUGUUGUCGACGAUAAUCGCGCUCGCAAGUUAUCUAACGAACUCCGAAGGUGUUCAUACUAUGAGACAUGUGCAACAUACGGUUUAAAUGUCGAACGCGUUUUUCAAGACGCAUGUCAGAAGAUUGUUGGAACAAGAUUGUCGGCUUCGUCGCAAUGUUUGUCUGGUGGUUCUAGGCCGGUCACACCACAGCCGCUGGCGAAUUCACCAAACCAUAACCAUUCCACAUUCCUAUAUAAGGACUCUCUUCCUCGCAGUCAUCACACCUUAUCAGCAUCAUCACAUCACUUGCACAGAGGAGCGUCAUCAUUUGAUGCCUCCUCCAACAGCAGUGGCAUAUCCUCAACACAUGUCGUAGAAAUCCAUAGCACAAACGGUUCAGACACAUCAUCUAGAUGGGGCAACUCAUUGGGAAGCCAUGGCUCAUCAUCGGGUCUUGUUUCCAUAGCAACAGAAAAUAAUAAUGUCAAGUUCACAGCACCACAUUGUUUGGACAAUCUCCAGGCGAAAGACUCAAAAGACCUGCCGACUCCAUCUUCCACGCCGACGACAUCGCGGAAAUCGAGACGGAGAUCCAAUCUCUUUACACCCUCGAAGAAGGGUGAAGAUCGAUUGAAAAAUGGCGAGCUCGGUUCCGGCAGGGCGAUACCUCUGAAACAGGGCUAUUUGUACAAAAAGAGCAGUAAAGCCUUGAACAAGGAGUGGAAGAAGAAAUAUGUGACGCUGUGUGAUGAUGGAAGAUUGACAUAUCAUCCCAGUUUACAUGAUUACAUGGAAGAUGUCAACGGAAAAGAAAUAGCGCUACAGUAUGUGACAGUUAAAGUGCCGGGACAGAAGCCCAGAGGCUCUAAGUCAAUAAUCACAACAGUCCCAGGGUAUAAUGGUUACACAAGUAUUGAUAUACAUGAUAGCAUUGGUGGAUUAUCUCUUGGUUACAAGGAAAAGCCCACACGAGCGACGGACAAAGCUUUAAUGUCAGCGUUUGAAGCUAUGAAGGAACCGGCGUCAAGUCGACAGUCACUUGCAUCGGAAGUAGAUGUAGCCACAAAUGGAACGGAUAAAGAUACACCACAUGUUAAGAAACGGCAUAGGAGAAUGAAGAGCAGUGGUGUCAAAAAAGAUGGUGAAGAAGAGGGUGAAAGCGCAACCUCCUGCGAGUUCACCAUAGUCAGCUUGGACGGCAAGCGGUGGCGCUGGGAGGUGUGCAGCGGGGCGAGCGCCGCCGCCGCCGCCGCGGAGCGCGACGCGUGGGUCGCCGCCGUCGAGGCGCAGAUACUGGCCUCGCUGCAGGGCCGGACGUCAAGGCAGCCAGCGCCCACGGGUGCAAAUUCGACGGGCGACGUUCGAGCCACAUACUACAUACGGAGGGUGAAGGGGAACGACAAGUGCUGUGAUUGUGGAGCGCCGGAUCCUGACUGGGCCAGUCUCAACUUGGGUGUGUUAAUAUGCAUAGAAUGUUCGGGAAUACACAGGAAUCUAGGGUCACACAUAUCAAGGGUUCGCUCUCUCGACUUAGAUGAAUGGCCGCUUGGUCAUGUCAGCGUAAUGGUAUCUAUGGGGAAUGCGUUAGCGAACUCCAUAUGGGAGGCAGAUUUGCGAGGACACAUCAAGCCCAUUGCUGCUAGCAGUAGAGAGGAUAAGGAGAGGUGGAUACGCAUGAAGUACGAGCGGCGGUCGUUCCUAUCGAGCGCAGAAGCGGGCGGGGCUACAGGCGAGGCGCUGAAGACGGCAGCAGCUCGCGGCGCUAUGGCGGCUCUAGCGCGCAUGCUGGCCGCCGCGCCGCCGCGCGCGCCCUCGCCCGUCGAGCGCUCGCUGGCGCUGCGGGCCGCCGCCGCCGCUGGACACCUCGCCGCUGCACAGCUGCUUAUUUGGCACAACGGCAACCCGAACUUCCCGGACGCGGACGGGCACACGUGCGUGUUCUACGCGCGAGCCGCGGCCAAUCACCUGUCCGGUAUACCGAUGCAAUACCCGAAGAACUUACAACUAACCUGCCCUCUACAUCCAAGCCCACCAAGUUCCAAUUCAAAUUCCAACUCAACCAGCUCGAGCUCCAGUACCAAAACUCCAGAAUUGGAAUGCAACUGCAUUAUAUUUGAACUUCUCAACGCUCAAAGCUCAGCUAAUGCGCUAGUCGACGUACUACUCGCGUUACAAAACAACCAGUUUAUUAAUAAUGGCUUCGAUAUGGCAGUCGGAGGAUUUGCAACCUUAGGACGCCCGUCUUUAGCACCAAAUCUAUCUCUAACAAAUGGCAAAUGCGGGAGCAUUGUGUGAAUUUAAUAUACGUUGAGUGUAUAUUUGUGUUUUUAUUUGAAUUUUUGUGGUGGGGAUAGCGAGCAUCACAGAUAGAGGGUAUAUAACUGUAUCACGUUCGAUGGAUUUAGAUUUCAUGUGACGUAGUUACCAAAUCACGAAAUAUACACCUAUAGUGCUUAGUUAAGCUAUAUUAUAAUUUAUUGAUUGUAUAUUUGAUUCUACUUUUAAUUGAUAGUCGGCGAUUAAAGGAAUUUUAUAAAAAAAGAAAACAUUUUAAACAUAAAACUCGUGUUUAUUGUUGAAAUAUAAUAACAAUAUUGCGGCGUAUUAUAAUUAAGACAAGAAAUUUUCAGACAAAGAAUAUUACUGUAUAAUAUUCAAUUUAAAUGGGAUUAUAAAACUAUGUUUACGUAUCAUACCUAAUUUUACCUAAUUUUUAUUUUCGGUGCUCAAUACUAUGUUGUGCUAUUUUUAAUUUAAUUUUACAAAGUUUAGUGAAGAGAUAAUAUACCCACAAAACAUGUAGUUAACUAAAAUUUAUCCUGAAAAGAUUGGAAAUAGGUCAUUACCAUCUAGUUGGUAUUUCAAAUAAAUAAUCAAAAGAUAAUUCUAUUGAGAUUAUUUCUUUAUAGUGAGCAAAGAGUGGUUAAAUGUCAUUUUAUUGAUUUCUUUAUCAAAAGAUAAGAUGGAUUUUAAAACACUAAAAUUUAAGUAGAAUGCUCUUAAAGUGUAAUAAAGUAUUACACAGAUCAGUGAAGCAGGAUAACUGUAAAGUAAUUGCGUCUCAGGAUUAACAACUAUUCAAAUGUAUUGAAAAUUUAUCGCUUUUUAUGUCAACUGUUAUAAAGGAAAUUUUUAGACAAUUAUUUGUAGAUAAUGAAUUAUCUAACAUGUCGAAUUGAGAGAAAUAGGUACUUUUGUGUAUCUUAAAACCAUAGCUUGUUUGUAGAUAAAUAAAU